GUUUCCGAACAUCAUGGCGACGAUUGGUACUGUGAUGUUAUGGUCAGUAAUCUCGAUUGCAGCUUUACUUGCGAUCCUCUUCUCAGCCUUUUCGAUUUACUUGGCAUACCUCCAUUGGAAGUAUAGUCAUUUUCCUGGGCCAAAACGGGACAGCUUUUUCACUGGUAACUUGCCUUAUAUCAAGCGCGGGAUAGCGAAAGGACAAAUUUUUCCCGAAAUGGUCAUCGAACUCAACCGAAUUCACGGUCCAGUAAUUCUCUUAUGGAUUUUUCACAGGCCAAUCACAUUUGUGUCAGAUCCUGAACUCAUCCGGAAAUGUUUAAUUACACUUAAUCUGCCGAAAAAUCCUUUUGGAUACAUAAAUGUCGGAUACCCGUUUGGCUAUCGUAUGAUGGGACGUGGAUUAUUAACUCAAGUGGACCAUGAUGCUUGGCAGAAGCGAAGAGCACUCUUAAAUCCAGCAUUUCAUCGAAAAUACUUGAUGAAUUUGAUGACUUCGUUUAACGAAAGCUGUGACUUAUUUCUGGAAAAGUUAGAUAAAAUGGCUGACGGAAAAACUAUAGUGGACAUGGCGGAUGAGUUUGCAAGAGUUACUCUAGAUGUCAUCGGAAAGGUUGCAUUCAAUGUGGAUCUUGAUGCAGUCAAAGAUGCCAACAGUCCAUUCCCAUCAUCUAUUUCAAAAUCUCUCAAAGGGAUGCAAGAUUGUUUUCGGAUGCCAUUUUGGAGGAUAUCUGUAACAACAUUUCCUUAUCAAAGGAGUGUGAUCAAAGCAGGCAAAUUCAUCCGUGAUUUUGGAAGGAAGGUCAUUCUUGAACGUCAAGAAGCUAUUUUACGAGGAGAAGAUACACCACCUGAUAUCCUUGCACAUAUCUUGAGUGUCAAAGCAAAAGAACCAAGUAUUACAAUUGAAGAUAUGAUUGAUGAGUUUUUCACAUUUUUUGUGGCAGGUCAGGAAACUACAUCCAACCAGCUGUCAUUUACUCUCCAUGAGUUACUGAGGCAUCCUGAUAUUGAGGAGAGAGUAAAUCAAGAGAUUAGAGCUGUCCUUGGUUCACGUCAGUUUGUUGAAUAUAAAGAUCUUGGAAACCUCCAGUUCUUAAGUCAGACACUGAAAGAAGGAUUACGACUCCAUCCCCCUGCUGGGGGAACAAAUCGAACAACCGCAAAAGAUGAAGACAUUGGUGGCUACAUCUUCCCUGCUGGCACAACAAUAAACAUGAGUAAUUUUGUAAUGCACCACCACCCAGACUCAUGGAAAGACCCAUAUAAAUUUAAUCCUGACAGAUUUUCACCCGAGACCAAAGAUGCAAUUCCACAGUCUGUGUACUUCCCUUUCUCAUUUGGCCCACGCACUUGUAUUGGACAAACCUUUGCACAGUUUGAGGCCCGAGUGCUUAUGGCGAGACUUCUACAGCAGUUUGAGUUGAGUCUCUGUCCUGGACAAGAUGAGAUAAAAUAUGAGGAGAACUUGACACUGAGGCCCAAAGGGGGUUUGCUUUGUACACUCAAACGGAGAAACGAAAACUAAACUAAAAGGGAGCUAAAGAAAUCCCAAGUGUUUUUACAUAAAGGAGCAACUUGUACGUAUGAUAAAACAGAGGUAGAAAAAUUUUUUAAAACCUGGGAAGUGGGGUGGGGUAGGUAAGGACAUAGAAAUCAGGGUCAUUAUUAACCCUUUAAUUCCCAUGAGUGACCAAAACAGAAUUUCUCCUGACAAUAUCAAUACAAUAUCAAGCAGACAAGUGAUGAGAUUAAAGAAAAAUAUUAAUUAGGGGAAUAUUAGUUGAUCCAAUACCAAAUUCUCUAAGUUAACAUCACAAGAACUAUUUGGCCAACAGUAAAAAAAAUUACUCAUGAGAUCUUGGGAGUUAAAGGGUUGUGGUGGGGUUGAAUGUGCACUGCUUCAUUAACAAAGUCAAAUUAACUUUUAUUAUAUUUCUCCAAGUGUUUUCUCCAGCAUUUUCUACUUUCACUGAAGAGAAAGUUAUUUCGUUGCUGUUUCUUUUUUCUACUGUUUACUUAAUUAAGUAGUAUUUUUAUUCUACAGGUUUUUCUUUUUUUUAUUUUUUGUACUCAGCUAUGAUAGUCUAUCAGCCAUUAUGGUGUUCUGCCUUCAAGAAUGAAUGCUUAAUGAAAACAAUGAAAAACUCCCUAGUUUUGGCUCCCUAGUUUUACACACAAGUUUUUCUCUCUUAAAUGAUCUGCCUAGAAGAAAGAAUUAUUAUUAGUUGUCUAGCCGUAUCGCAAUUAUUGUAUCUUUAAAGAAGUUUGCUUGACCAUAACUGUUCACUCCAAUUAAAUUAUUUUUCAAACCUUC